AGAUCACACAGGAACUAUUCAGACACUGUGUCAGGAUGAAGGUGAACAUCUUCUGCUGCCUGUUAGCCUGCACUCUGGGCUCUAACGUCACUGCAGGUUUAACCCAUGAAGCAUUUAAGGAGGGGACGCAGGUCACUGUGCACUGUCCUCACUCUGUGGAGGGUAAAGUGAGGUGGAGCAGAGAGAGUGGAGGAAGCAGAGCUGACAUACUUAGAGCUGAUGGAGACGGAGAGAUAAAACACAUCAAUGAUCCACAGAAACGAUACGAUUCACAGGCUGACGGGUCUCUGAUCAUCCUCAGAGCUGCUCUCUCAGACUCUGGCAGAUACUUCUGUAACCAUGAAGCAGCUGUGGAGCUGACAGUGAUCCCAUCAGGAACUAAAAUAGUGAGUGUUGCAGAGAGGAGCAGCAUCACUCUGAACUGUUCUCAUGAUGUUGGAGGAUCAGCUGUUCCCACAUGGAGACGAGACUCUGGAGAAAUAAAUGAAGGAAGGAUUUCUGUUUCCACUCAGGACAAAACAUUAAGUAUAAGAGAAGCUGAGCCUGCUGACUCUGGACUGUACUACUGUGAUGGAAAACCAGCUGUUUAUCUGAACGUGACCGAAGGACAGAGAUCUGACAGAGCCAACCAUCAUCUGUUUGUUUUGGGGAUCCGAGUACUUGUUGUGUUCGUCUGCAGCCUUGUUCUCGUCAUCAUUUACUUUAUUUGGAGACACAAGUCUAAAACACGAGGGGAUGACAAACAGCUCCACGUCUAUGAUGAGACACCAGCUGCAGCAGAACUUCAUCUUAUAAAUGGUGAGACGUGAGAGUGAAGCAGCUGUGACUGAUCUAAAGCUGAGCCCCACACUUUCAUCUUUGCUUCUG